AAGUACUCAGUGUGGAUCGGUGGCUCCAUCUUGGCCUCCCUCUCUACCUUCCAACAGAUGUGGAUCAGUAAGCAGGAGUAUGAUGAGGCUGGACCUUCUAUUGUUCAUCGCAAGUGUUUCUAAAGGACCCGCCUCAGUCUUUGUGCUCUGCAACCCUCUAAAGUGCUUUACAACACAAUCUCUCCCUCUUUUCCCAUCCACAUUCACAUUUGUACUGCACUCAACUACAUCUCUACAAACCUGAAAGAAUUGCU